UUUCUUGCUGACGAUCAAUGGGCACAUUGUUCACCAAUGUUUAUUCUGUAGUUUAUUCUUUCUAUGCUGCCUAGUUGGUCUCUUAUGCUUUUUUCCGCACCUCAUCCUAAGAAAAUAUUUCUUUUGUUUUUUCCAGAACGAGAGAUUUUAAAACUUGUACUAGCUUUGAACACAACUUCGACUUUUGGAAUAUUUUCUUGUGAAAUAGGGAAGACUUCUAUUGACAAAAAACAGUUACUAAGGGGGAGAUUGCUUGACGACACAAAAGGAAUAAACUGGAAAAUUCUCGAUUCAGAAAGCAAGUCAAAAGAUGGUCUGCUCCACGCCAAGUAGCUUGUAUACUUUUCCUACCUGCCUUCUUCUUCCUCAACACGAACCUUUUUCUUCUAAUGGAGAAUGUAAACAGAAAUUACGGUAGAGCUUAUAUACUGGGCCGUGAAGCUCAAGUUGUUUCCAAAAGUUAGAUGAAGCAUGUAACUAAAUGCGCAGAUAAACAACAGUAGGCCUGUUAGUUCUUUAACAAUAGGAGGCACAUAUUUUUUCUGCUAUCCCGAAGAUAUGAAAACCACCCUUUUCGAUACAUAAAGAUAGUGAACGCUGGUAUUUCUGAACGCUGUUUGGAAACAGCUUUAUCUAUUUCACUGUGUCUACUUUGCAGAGCGUUAGUCUGUUCCACACCUUGCUUCUGAAUACUUUCUACAAGUUUCACUAGUGGACUAUGCCGUUUCUAAGAGAGAAAAGAAUAUUGAAUAUUUUUUCUGACUAGAUAUAUGGCAGUAUUUACAGCAAUCCACUAAAGUUUAUAACUGUGUUGCCGUUGAAACUCAGCCACGUUCAAAAUUGACAAGAUGAUUCACAGCCUUCGAAAGGCAAGCUGUUUUGAGUUUUACCCUUUUGAUUGUCCACACUAAGUUAGUUGAGCAUAAUAAACACAACAACAGCAAC